AUGAGAUAUUCAGUAAUUUAUUUGAUACAAGAUAUUUACUAUCCCAUUCUUGCAGCUGUUGGAGUUCCCACUAACAUGGUUACAAUUGCGAUACUGUCCAGAGGAAAGUGCGGUCUGUCUAAAUGUAUAACUUGCUACCUGGUGGGUAUGGCAGUAGCCGAUCUCCUGGUCAUAAUCAGCGAUCCCAUUUUAAGUUGGAUUGGUGCUAAAUAUUUCCCAGAUUCAUUUCUACAUAUCACUCCAGUGUGCAGUCUCACUGCAGUCCUGGCUUCUGUAGCCACAGUGGUUUCUGUCUGGUUGACAGUUGCUUUUACCUUUGAUCGGUUUGUAGCCAUUUGUUGUGAGAAGCUAAAAAGAAAAUAUUGCACAGUGAAAACGGCAGCGGUGAUUGUAGGAACAGUGAAUGUGCUAAGUUGUUUAGAAUCUGUACCCUGGUAUUUUACAUAUCAGCCACUAUAUAUAGUUGAUAAUAUUCCUUGGUAUUGUCCCUAUACAUCUGCAUUUCUUUUUUCCUCGACAUGGGCGGCAUUUGAAAUGUUUCAUUACAUUUUGACGCCUUGUGUCCCAUUUCUUCUUAUUUUACUACUCAAUGUUCUGACAGUCAGGCGUAUUAUAGUGAGCAGUCGAGUGCGUCAGGGACUCCAGGGUAUCAGCAAAGGAGAAAAUCACAAGGACCCAGAGCUUCAGAACCGAAAGAAAUCCAUUGUUUUACUCUUCAGUAUAUCCAGCAGUUUUAUUCUGUUAUGGAUAACCCGAGUUGUGUAUAACCUUUAUCGACGAAUUACAAUCGUCCGCUUUUAUUAUUCUACCAAUGACCCUCGCCUUAUCACAGAUCGAGUUUCAGUUAUGUUGCAAGCUCUCAGCUCUUGCACUAACACGUGUAUUUAUGUUGUGACUCAGAGUAAAUUCAGAGAAGAACUGAAGAACACGGUGAAAUACCCACUCAAAUCUAUGUUCAAAUUAGUAAAACCAUAA